CGGAAUUUCCAGACAGAGCCGGGAUUUUCAGUCACAUGUAGAGUGCCCUGCAUUUAACAGGGAAUGUGCGAAGGGUUUGCCACCUCUCCAGGAGAAGCAGAACUAAAUUUCGCUGUUUUCAACGGAUUGUUUGGCAGUAAGAUAACCUACUUAGGCUAUUUGGUCUCCUCCCUGCCCGAGCUGGAUGCCUACAUCUGCUGCCAUAAUGAAACUCGAAAUGUGCAUCAUGACAUCACUUUUAUGGGUGCUGGGUCAGUGCAGUGAUGGGGUUACACUGAACUGCAGUCAUCCUGUAGUCGGGGACAUUUUGAAUGUUACAUGCACGGUUGUUUUCACUAUUGGUAAAACGGAAGAUAAAGAUAAAGAAACCUGUGAAGUUGAGAAAGCCAUCCUGAAUAAUGAUAAUAAUAAUAAUAAUGAUACAAAUGCAGAUCGAUCUGGAAAUAACACAUUCACUGUUGAGGUCAAGGCUGAAAAAGGACGGUGGCGUUUCACUGUUCAAACAGGAUGUGGGCCAGCACAUCACGACUUUGAUGUUACAUAUGAUGGUGAACAACAUGAUAAAAACAUUGAUGGGAAAUCCCCUCCUCCUACUGAUGAUCCCCCAGUUCAGACAGGGGUGGCGUGGGCUAUCGGAGGGGUCAUCGCCGUGUUGACUCUUGCCAUCGUCCUUCUAGCGUUCAAGGGCCUCAGGAGACACUCAAGCUUAUGGACGCGGGCUCCGUCAGCUGACAUGGACGUGGAGAGUAACGAAGAGGGUAGCAGUCGUCAGGACUCACACAGUGAGCCUCUUUCAGGAGGUCAGGAACUAAGAGACACUCACACACCUCCCAUGACAUCACACACAGAUGACUCCUCCAGCUGAAUCCGGCUCCUAACACUGUGACUCCGCCCCCGAAUGGAGUGAAAAUUAACACUAUCGUGACGUUUGGGCAGCCGUGGCCUGCUGGUUAGGGCUUUGGGCUUAUAACCGAAGCUGGUUGCCGGUUCGAUCUCUUACCAGCAGGAACAAUGUGGGUGGGGAGAGUGAUUAAGCCUACAUCUAACCGCUCUGGGUUAGUGUGUGCUUCACCUCACUGUGUGCUGUGUGUGUUUCACUAAUUCACGGAUUGGGAUAAAUGCAGAGACCAACCACAUUUCCCUCACGGGAUCAAAUGAGUAUAUAUACUUACACUUAUACGUAGCUUACACUUGCCGCUUGAAGCCACAUGCAACACUACAACCAGAAUGUCCUGCCACUGUGAGCAUAGGCGUAAUUUGCGGGGGGGUUACAGGGGUCAUGACCCCCCCAAAAAUCAUAUCAGCUAAUAUAACCCCCUCAAUAUUAUCACAUAAUUCAGAUUACACUGAAUAUGAAAUAUUCUGGAUGAAUAUUUUUUGUUCGUUUUCUUUAUUCAUUUCAUUUUCCAGCAAGAUAGUAUCAUUUUUUUUUUUUUUUUAUAUUCUGAAAUGUACCCCCCUGCCCACCGACUACUUGGUAUUACCCAACCUGCGUUCUCUACCGAAAGUUUGUUUACUAUUUUGCGCAGUCGCUGGGAUGAAUGGUUGGAGAAAGCUCUCACCUCAGGUGGAAAGAUGAAAAAGACAUUGAAAGGCAGCCAGACAGCAACCAAACAUAGGAAAAGUCCUGACCAAAUGGAGGUAUACCCCUAUUGCUAAGUUAGCUGUUAAAUUAGCUGAUGAUUUGUUGACUGGAUUUGGCUGGCUAGCCCUAUGAGCCCGACGGACGCAAAGUGCGUCAAAAACACACCCAUUCUUCUCUGUUACAUUGCUCAGGGAUAAUUAGUCACAGCGAGAUGAGACCUAAGAGCAGAACCGGGGCUUUCCAACGAGACUAGACACUUGUCUGUACGAUCAAGUAUGAAACUAAAAUAAAAUCAUGAAGUUAAAUCAAAGUAUAUUACAGUCUAUAUUGAUCUGCAUUCACCCGCUCGCUUGAAUUACACGCGAACCCGCCAUCGGAAAGAUAUGCAUGUUAGAUGAAAGGGGAGAGCUAGAGCUAUCCACAGAUACCACAUAGCCUACAACCUUCUAGGCCAUAAAACAGACGAAGUGACAGCAAAAUAAUAACUUCAUUUAGCUCCACUUACCCCAUGUUUUAGUGUGGCAUAGCUAAUCCAACGUUACCAUGUGUUUCAGUUUCUCUAUGGCAAGUCACGUUCAUAAUACGGUUUUGAGAUCCUAGCAAACUCCUGUAUGGUAUCCAAUUCAAGACAUUGAUAGAUAUUGCAAGAUAUUGAAUCCAAAUUUGUUUGACAAAUAAACACUUUUUUGCCUUUA